AUGUCGUACUUCAUCCCGCCUGUCAACUACGGCAUGAUCGAGGAGGACUUGUACCGCUCAGGGCAGCCGAACGAGCUCAACUUCCCCUUCCUGGAGCGGCUGAGCCUGCGCACCAUUAUUUAUUUGGCGCUGGAGGAGCCCAACCUGCAGUUCCAGAGCUUUGUGGAGGAGCAGGAGAUCCAGCUCGUUUUCCUCGGGGGCAACACGCGCAUGGAGAGCCGCCGUAAGGCCUGGGAGCCAUUGUCCGAGGAGACAGUGCUCGCUGCGCUGGACAUCAUCCUGGACCGCUCCAACUACCCACUCUACAUCACAUGCCACCUCGGCCGAGACCGCACAGGCGCCGUGGUGGGUUGUCUACGCAAGAUUCAGGGCUGGCAUCUGUCGUCCAUCUUCGAGGAGUACCGACGGUUUGCUGGCAGCAAAGUGCGGCUACAGAACGAGCAGUUCAUCGAGCUCUUCGACACGGACUUGGUGACAAUUCCAGUCAACCCGCCAUCCUGGUUGAGGAACCACCUUUAG